AUGGAAUCAGAAUUCCCCGAAAUUGGCGGCGAAAUCACCCCGACGGGCGACAAAAUGGACGUGGAAAUCGUCGAGGAAGUGGUGGAACCUGCAGCUCCCGUGCUACCUCCUCCGCAGGUGCCCAAACCUGAAGCUGUCAGUGAGACCAUGAUUGAUACCAUCAAAUCCAGAACGCUGUCAAUUUUGACGGGCAAAAGCAUCCCUGAGCCGAUUUUUCUCGACGGCGAAAAGGCCCGAGUAUACAGUCUGAUGGAGAACGCCAUUCGGUUUGGAGAGGGAAACUCGUGCAUUAUUGUCGGUCCUCGAGGAACCGGAAAGACUCUCAUUGUGGAAUCUGCACUGACAGAACUGGAAGAGAAAUACAACAGCGCGGGAUCACAAAACAACUUCAUCACCAUCAGAUUGUCUGGGUACGCCCAGACAGACGAUAAAAUGGCAGUACGAGAAAUAGCACGACAGUUGGACACUGUGUUACUAAACCAGGGCCAAUUGAUUGAGAACAAGAGUAUUUCGGAGACUCUCAAUCAGAUCCUAUCUCUGUUUGACCGUGCCGACAUUGACGAGAGCGAAAAGGAAACUGUCUCUUUGGUUUUCAUUCUUGAUGAAUUCGAUCGGUUCUGUUCAACCACUAAACAGACACUGUUGUAUACUCUGUUUGAUGUCGCGCAAUCAUCGCGUGCACCUAUUGCUGUGAUUGGACUGACCCCUCGAAUUAACGCCCGUGAGCUUCUCGAAAAGCGAGUGCGGAGUCGGUUUUCACAGCGGGUGGUUCAGGUCAAGAGACAGCACGGUAUGAAUGACUUCUGGGCCAUUCUCAGAAACGCAGUCAUUUAUCCUGAAAAUCUGUUGACCAUGGUCAAGGAGGAGGGCGGGAACAAGACAGCAUUGCAUACUGACGUGGAUCUGGACACUGUGAGAUAUUGGAACUGGCAUUGGGAGAGCAUGUUUCAGGCCGGUCCUCUACGAGAUCAUGUUGAGCGUCUCUUUCACACCACGAAAUCCUGUCGGGAGUUCUUCACAUCGGCCAUUUUGGCGGUGUCGCAAGCAAACCCCUGGAUCAACCCCAACGACUUUGUCACUGAUGUCUUUGAGAGAGGCGUGGCCGAUACCGAGUCGUUUAUUGAAGGGUUAUCUGACCUGGAGCUGUCUCUCAUCAUCUGUGCUGCCAAGGUGGAAGUUAUGUUCGAGGUUGAUCAGGUCAAUUUCAAUCUGGCCUAUGAAGAGUACAUCAAGACCGCCAAGGAGCAGAGAGAAGCCCUUCGAGCGGUUGAUCUGGAGGGAAUGGCCACGGGAACAGUUGCUGGGUUCCGAAUCUGGAGCAGAGGAGUGGCACGAGCUGCAUGGGAGAAACUCGAGUCUCUCAACCUCCUGUCUCCGGUGGAGAAAAGCGCCAAGCGAGUGGCCAAACAAUUGGCCUCAGACACUUCUCUGGACGACGAAAUCCGCAUGACUCGAGUGGAUGUCAGUCUCCAGGAGCUGACUAACAUGCUUGGAAACUCUCAUCAUCUCAUUCAAUGGACCAAAAUCCGUAGGUAA